AUGCGACUCCAAAGCUCACUUCUUUCGCUUGCAGCGGCGACAACGGUCUCGCUUGCUUCUCCACUACUCACCUAUCAAGCGGACCAGAAGGUCGGCUAUCUCUUUACCAAUUUCCCUGUCAACGAUGAGCAAGUCUACAUGCAUCUAUCAGUUGAUAACGAUGCACUUUCUUACAGACAAUUGUCCUACGAUGGUACUCUAGAGACGGCACGGAUCUUAGAAUCUACCAUUGGAACGACAGGCGUGCGCGACCACUUUAUCAUCAACGCACAGGACAGCAGCAAGUACUGGCUUCAUGCUACAGAUUUGAAGGUCAAUGCUCUCGGCGGGGACUUUAUCAACGCAACUCGCUUUGGUAGCAGAAGCAUAGUCGUCUGGGAGUCCACAGACCUCGCAACCUGGAGUGAACCUCGACUAUCCGCACCUCUAGCGAAUGUCUCUGCUGGCAAUGUUUGGGCCCCGGAGUCGUACUGGGACCACACUCGCAACGAGUACAUUGUCAUUUUCUCGUCGCGUUACUGGGAUCCUGCGGAUGUCGAGCGCACAGGGCCUUCACCUCCAAAUAAGCUCAUGUACGUGACGACGAAAGAUUUCGAGACGUUCUCCAAAGAGCAAGUCUAUUUCGACCCCGGCUACCCAGUCAUAGACUGUUCCCUCAUCCCCGUCCCUGAACAGGGCGAGAACGUGUGGUAUCGCUGGGUGAAGAGCGAGGUAGACUACAGAAUCUGGCAACAGCGCUCUUCGGACGGCAUCUUGGGCACAUGGAGCAACGUUGGCGAUGCGCCUGACGGAACACGAGUCACGUUUGCAGACCGCUACUCCAACAACGAAGGGCAACUGUGUUUCAGGGACAAUCAGGACCCCGGACUGUUCCAUUUGUGGAUCGAUCAAAGCUCAACAGAGACAUAUAUUCCUGCGCAAGCCCGCACUCUUGACGAUAUGGCUGCCUGGCAGUUGUCCGAUACAACAAGUUUCACCAAGAACACUAAGCACGGUUGGGUGUUUCCCCUCAACCAGCAGCAGUAUGAAACGAUUCAGGCCAAGUACAAGUUUAUCUGA